AUGGCCGGGGUGUUCGACAUCGACCUGGAGACCGAGGAGGGGAGCGACGGGGACGAGCCCGAGCUGGGGGCGGAGAUGGAUUUGGAGCUGCGGGGGAAUGGCCUGGAGCCGGUGGGGCACUAUGAGGAGAUCGAGAUCUCAGAGAGCAGCGUCAACAAUGGCCCUGAGCGCAUCGGGCCCCACUGUUUCGAGCUGCUGCGCAUCCUAGGCAAGGGUGGCUACGGCAAGGUGUUCCAGGUGCGGAAGGUGCAGGGGACCAAUGCCGGGAAGAUCUUUGCCAUGAAAGUCCUGAAGAAGGCCAAAAUCGCCUGCAACGCCAAGGACACGGCUCACACCAAGGCCGAGAGGAACAUCCUGGAGGCCAUCAAACACCCCUUCAUCGUGGACCUGAUCUACGCCUUCCAGACGGGUGGCAAGCUCUACCUCAUCCUCGAGUGCUUGAGUGGUGGAGAGCUCUUCAUGCAGCUGGAGCGUGAGGGCAUUUUUCUGGAGGAUACAGCAUGCUUCUAUCUAAGCGAGAUCACGCUGGCCCUGGGCCACCUGCACUGCAACGGCAUCAUCUACCGGGACCUGAAGCCGGAAAACAUCAUGUUGAACAGCCAAGGGCACAUCAAGCUGACGGACUUCGGACUGUGCAAGGAGUCGAUCCAUGAGGGAGCCGUCACUCACACCUUCUGUGGGACCAUUGAGUACAUGGCUCCAGAGAUCCUGAUGCGGAGCGGACACAACCGGGCCGUGGACUGGUGGAGCCUCGGGGCCUUGAUGUACGACAUGCUCACUGGAUCGCCGCCCUUCACGGCUGAGAACCGGAAGAAAACCAUCGACAAGAUCCUCAAGGGGAAGCUGGUGCUGCCGCCUUACCUGACCCCCGACGCCCGGGAUCUACUCAAGAAGUUCCUCAAGAGAAACCCCAGCCAGAGGAUUGGGGGCGGGACGGGCGAUGCAGCUGAUGUGCAGAAGCAGCCGUUUUUCCGCCAAGUCAACUGGGAUGAACUGCUGGCACGCAAGCUGGACCCACCCUUCAGACCCUGCCUGCAAUCGGAUGAUGACGUCAGCCAGUUCGACACCCGCUUCACUCGUCAGACCCCCGUGGACAGCCCUGACGACGUCUCCAUUAGUGAGAGUGCCAACCAGGCCUUCCUGGGCUUCACCUAUGUGGCCCCAUCGGUACUGGAGAGCAUUAAGGAGGGCUUCUCCUUCCAGCCAAAGGUGCGCUCCCCUCGCCGCCUCAACAGCAGCCCCAGAACGCCCGUCAGCCCGUUGAAGUUCUCUCCCUUCGAGGCCUUCAAACCCAGCCUGGCGGUGGAGCCCAUGGAGCUAGGGCUGCCGCUGCUGCCGCCCCCACCAGAGGGCACGGCCCCCCUGCCCAUCAAGACGCCGACGGGCACCAAGAAGCAGAAGGGGGGCCGGGGCCGGGUGGCAAGGUAG